UCCUCCCACAGCCAGUCUCCCUCCGGACACGACGGCGACAGGAACCCCUACACGUGGCCUUUUAUCACCGGACUCGUAUUCUUAUCUCUUCGGGAGUAAUUUGAAUUAGUUAUCGUGCGUUUAUUAUCCCUGCUAAAAAUGGCGGCGGUUGAACCCAUUGCUAUCGAUGGAAGCUUUUUGGAAGGUGGUGGCCAGAUUCUGCGCAUGGGACUGGCCCUGAGCUCUGUGCGAAAGCUUCCUAUAACAGUCACAAAGAUCCGAGCAGGAAGACCUAAUCCUGGUUUGCGGCCACAGCACUUAACAGGGUUACAGCUGGUGAGGGACACAAGCAAUGGCCGUCUGGAAGGAGGGGAGAUCGGGUCGAUGGAGAUCAGCUUUUACCCGGGUCAUAUUUCGGGCGGUAAAUAUGUAGCCGAUACUCAGACUGCUGGGAGUGUGAGUCUGUUAAUACAAGCUGCCUUGCCAUGUGCACUGUACGCCAGCAGCCCAACCUAUCUGACCUUGUCUGGCGGAACCAACGCAGAAAUGGCGCCACAAGUUGACUACACUAUACAUGUAUUCAGAAAAGUUAGUGCCUGGUUUGGUGCAGACUUCCGGCUCUUCCUCCAUAGAAGGGGAUUCUAUCCUCAAGGAAGAGGAGAGGUAUCCUUAGAAGUGAAACCGGCCCGACAAGGUCUGAUUGCCGCAGAUUUUACUGACUUUGGUGAAGUCAUAUCAGUUUAUGGCAAAGCUUAUGUAGCUGGAGUUCUCCCUAUACGAGUUGCACACAAAAUGGCAGAUGCUGCAGAAAACCUUCUGUAUGAGAAUCUCCCUCAAGGAGUUAAAAUUCGUGUUGACCGAAUCCAAGAACAUCCUGAGACAGCUGUUGGAAGUGGCUCUGGCAUUGUCUUGUGGGCUGAGACAACUAGCGGUUGCAUCCUUGGUGGUUCCAGUCUGGGUAAGAAGGGCAAACCUGCAGAACAGGAUGGGGAGAAAGCAGCCAAAGAAAUCUUAGAUUGCAUCAAAAGGAAGGCAUGUCUGGAUAGCCAUGCUCAGGAUCAGGUUAUACUAUACAUGGCUUUAGCGAAAGGCAAAUCCAUUAUACGUACUGGGCCCUUAACAGACCACACCAAGACAGCUAUACAUGUUGCGGAGUUAAUGACUAAGGUGAAGUUUACCAUCACAGAAGAUAAGGAGAGUGACUGCAUAUUUAUAGAAUGUGAUGGGUUAGGCUUAACUCCAAAGGAUAGAAAGUAAAUAGUCUAGAUUUACAUUACUAGCAUAUACUGGAAAAUAUAUAUACAUAUAUAUAUUAUAUAAGAUAUAUGUUAUAUACUAUAUAUAUUGACGUUCACAACAAUAAUCUAAGGAUUGUUACAACAGUGAAUUAAUUUUUUUUCAUUUAAUCUAGUCCAAAGAGCAUUUUUUUUUUUCCUUCUAAUUGACAUUCUUGUGAAGAUUUUUUUAAUAGUGAUCUGCCAAUUGUAUCUGAAUAUUGGUACGUAAUUAAUGUAUCCUAACCUUCAAGUACAUAAUGGACGCAUGACAGGAAAGCCACACAAUGAACCCCGAGAAGCAGUCCCUCUAGUUUAUGGAAUCUCAGAUUAUACACCCUUUGUCUCUCUCUCGCAUUAGAGAUAUUCACCCUUCCCCUGUUGUGUUGAGGAACACAAUUUUUAUUUAUAUAUUUUUUUCAUGCUUGGAACUUCCCAAAUGCAAUGUGUACUUUGGCUGGAAUAUCUACUCUAAGGCUAAAUACCCCUCUAGUAGUCCUCUUAUAUAAUUGUCUAUCCACUUGUGUUGGCAUUCCCUCGCUUUUCAAGGACAGUAUUAUGUGCUGCUUAUCCUGACACACUAAAAAAGCCAAACAUACUGUAUAUAAUAUGUUAGCAUGCUGGCUGUGAAAACUGUGUGAACUCAACUGUUUAUAUGAAAUUUGAAUGAUAUGGUAGAUAUUUGAGAAAAUCUACACUUGCAAUUUAUUGAUGAAAAGUUUUGCUCACUUUUUAGAUCUUAUUUUCACUUUUGUGUUAUUAAUGCACAUAUAUUUUAUGUGUUUUUAAUCAAUAUUAAUUUAUACAAUUGAUUGUUGAAUACUGAAUUUGAAAUUUAUUCAUGUACUAUGUUAAAUUACAUGUUUAAUGCAACUG